AUGGAUAAUAUUCGUGAUAAACUUGAACGAUACGAACCUGAUGCAGAAACAAAAAUUUUGUGUACAAAAUAUAUAUAUUUUUUAGUAUUUUAUAAUUCCUAUAUACUUAUAUUAUUUAUAUAUACCUUUUUUACAACUCCAAUAUCGUCAUAUGGAUGGUUAUUUUUUAUGAAUUUGUAUUUUUGCAUAUUUCCUGCAUUUGCAUUUAUGGGUGAUUCUUAUAUACCUUCCCUUUUGAGGUUUUAUAAUUGGAUGUUAUUCGUUUCGAGUAUAAUUUCGAUAUUUAUAUUUUUGGAAGCAAUAUUUACUUUUAAAAAAAUCGAUUUAUAUAUAAUGAUAUGCUAUACCACUUUAACUUGUUCCAAUACAUUUUUAUGUUGGCAUGUGACUCAAAGCAUAUUUGGUGGUGUGAAAGCACCUAAUUCUGUCCUAGACACACUAAGACCAUAUAUGGAUAAUCAAAAUGAGCAUUCUAAUAAAUACAAGAAAAAGGAUGACGGACAAAAAAAAUUUAUUGGUAAGGGAAGAUCUAUAAAGGAUUCUAAUUAUAUCGAAGUAUAA